AUGCCUUCCGGGACUUCCUCCGCGGAAUCUCAAAGCGCCAGCAGUUCCGCCGGUCUCAGUUCCAGCUCACCGUCCGCUCCUAACGGCAAAAGCACCACCUCUUCUCCAAAAAUUGCCCGAGAGGAUGCCAGCGUCGAACUCAAAAACAUGAAACCAGAUCGUGGGAUUGUCAAGGGCUCAAUUCCCCUAGGGGAAGAUAUCAUGCAGAUUGCCCGAAUAGGCGAGAUCCCGGCUAUGCGACAAUUGUUUGAGGAGAAGAAAUUCACUGCCAACUACCAGGAUGAAGAAGGCAUCACCCCUUUACACUGGGCGGCGAUCAACAACCAGUAUGCGAUGUGCAAGUUCUUGCUGGACUCCGGCGCCGACGUGAAUGCCAAAGGAGGAGAAUCGGUGGCCACACCCGCCAUGUGGGCGGCGCAGCGGUGUCACUACUACAUUGUUCACCUUCUUCUUCAACGUGGCGCCGACCCUCUGCUCACCGACGUGCAAGGGUACAACAUUCUGCAUUUGGCGACCAUCGAUGGCAAUGCGUUCCUGCUUGUCUUGUUGCUACAGCAAGAAAUACCGGUGGAUGUGGUGGACCAACAGGGUCAUACGGGACUGAUGUGGGCAGCUUAUAAAGGAUUCCCGGCAUGUGUCGAUUUGUUCUUGCGCUGGGGCGCUAAUGCGAACGCCGUCGACGACGGUGGGCUGACUCCCCUUCAUUGGGCACUGGUAAAGGGCUCCAUGCCCUGUGUUAUGAAGAUCCUAGAGUAUGGUGCCGACAGGUUCGCGAAGACGCAGGAUGGUAAGAGUCCGGCAACGGUGGCCAGCGAGAUGAAUACAACGAGGAUAUGGUAUCGCGCUCUGGAUGAAUGUGGCUUCGACCUAGAUGGGAACAUGAAGGUCAUCCCCAUGGGAUUGAAUUCGUGGGUACGGAACAAGAGCAUCAUGUCGAAGUUCUUCUUCCUUUGGCCAUUCUUAAUGGUCUUCGUGGCUCUAUGGAUUCUCAGCAACAUGGCCGUGUAUGCUGCUAUCCCGAUCAUGUUGGUUACCGUCUUUGGUCUACAAUGGGCGGCACAGAAAGCUGCGAGUCGAAGUGUUUCGGAGUAUAGGAUCCUUCAAAAAACGCCAUAUCUAUCUGGCGUAUUUGCAGGCACUUUGUUCUGGGUUGGCGUCCGAUACGUCCUCUAUGUACUACCAGCCACGUACUCCACUGCUCCGUUUUUGAACGCCUUUUUUGUCCUCUUUUAUUCUUUGACGACCUACUUUUAUCUCUAUGCCAUGAUCGAAGAUCCUGGUUUUGUCCCCAAACUCGGAAGCAGGAACCAACAAAGAGCAGUCAUUGGCGAACUUUUUGAGCAGUGGAAGUUUGAUGAAGAGAACUUUUGUGUGUCUUGUAUGGUCCGGAAACCUCUCCGGAGCAAGCAUUGUAAGCGCUGUGGGCGCUGCGUUACAAAGCAUGACCACCAUUGCCCUUGGAUCGAUAACUGUGUUGGAGCGAACAAUCUCCGACAUUUUGUUCUCUACAUCGCGUGUCUCGAAGUUGGCAUUAUCUUGUUCUUGCAGCUAACGUUCAUCUAUAUCAACGCCCUACCAGCACCGGCAGGGCCCAAGUGCAAUAUAAUUAAUGACGCGCUAUGCGAUUUGGUCGUCCGCGACACGUUCACCCUUGUUCUUGAUAUAUGGAUAAGUAUUCAGCUGGUCUGGGUUACUAUGCUUUGCGCCGUUCAACUGGUUCAGGUUUCUCGAAACCAGACAACGUACGAGAAUAUGCGAGGUCAUUCGAUUGACAGAAGCCAUUCAAGCUCGCGAGCUUUCGCGUCCGCUCUAACCGCUGGGACCACUUCGCUAGAUGCCGCUGGCCUUUCGUCUGCAGGUCAAGGCCCGAAUCCUGCCUUGGCGCCGGGGGCUCUUCACCGACCGCGACGACACGGGUGCUUGCAGCAGUGGUCCUCUCUCCUGGGUGUCGAUACUUUCUUCGCUACCGCACGAGAUGGCCUGCGGGAUGGGCGACACUCACAGCGCCCCAAAAACCCGUUUUCGCGAGGCUUUGUUACUAACUGUCGCGACUUCUGGUGUGAUCCGGCGCCUUACUUUGGCAAGCGCGAAUCCGGUUCUGCAAUGCUCGGUGGUGAAGUGAUCAACUAUAACCAGAUGUACGAGGCUCCGUUGCCGAUGCAUACUGGUGGUCGGUACCGCAGCCUGGCCGGGGAGGAACCCGAGCAGAUGGUUUGA